UAUGUGUUUUCAUAUUAUUUUUUUACAUGCGAAGGCCGUCUGUGUUCUGUGAAAUCGUGUUUCCGUAGGUUGAAGAUACGCGGCAUUAUUUGAAGUUGUUUAUUUAUUCUCAUGUGUUAUUUUCUUAUGUAUCAAAUGUGUUAAUAUUAUUAAUGGCUGUGAGCAAACUUCCUGAAUGUGUACGAUCACUUUUGAGGACUGGUAUAGUUGUGACAACUCCAGCUCAAACGAUUGUAGAACUGGUAUUAAAUAGUAUCGAUGCAAAAGCCACAUCCAUUUCAGUGCGUGUUGAUCUGCAGAAUUUCAGGCUGGAGGUGUCUGAUAAUGGCUGCGGAAUGAACCUGAAGGACAUUGACAGAGUAGGCACCAGGUACAUGACCAGUAAAUGCCACUCAUUGCAAGACCUGCAUAAUCGCCUCACCCACUUUGGCUACCGCGGGGAAGCCCUGGCGAGCCUACGUGAUGCGACUGGCUUCCUGACCAUCGAGUCCCGUCCUAUUGGCAGUGACGAAACGUACUGCAAGACGUUCAUCCGCGGCAAGCCUUACCGAGCCGCUGUGUCCGAGGUACAGCGGCAGUCUUUCGGGACAACGGUGACCGCUGUAGAAUUCAUGUACAACUUACCAGUGAGGAGGAAACAAAUUAAGGAAGCAUUAGAUAUAGAGGAGAUUAAGUAUCAGCUGGAGUGUAUUGCAGUCAUACAUCCACAGAUCUCAUUUCACUUACGUAAUGACGUUACGUCUAAAACAAUAAUGCAAUCUUACAGAUGCUCAUCCAUUGUACAGGCAUUUUCUUGCUUAUUUGGUGAGAAAAUAGCUAGCUAUCUUGCACCUGUGCAUCAUGAGUUGAGUGGAUACAAGCUGACUGGUCACAUUAGCAAACACUCUCACACACUAAAACACUUGCAGUUGGUUUAUGUGAACAGAAGACUUGUGCGGAAGACAAAGAUACACAGGCUUGUCAAUACGCUGCUGGCUAAAAGUUAUAUACUGAGACCGAAUGGACCUUGGAAGAAUUCACCAAUCUCAAAGAACUUAACCUCUGCUUUUUGGCUUACUUUUCCUGCACGUGAAAAAAGAAACAAAUUUGCUGUUUUUGUUUUGAACAUACAAUGUGCGCACACUAAUUACGAUGUCAGCUUUGAACCAAAGAAAACUUUCAUAGAAUUUGUAGACUGGGAUGUGGUCCUUAAACUCAUUGAUGAAGGUGUCAGAAAGUUUUUAGCUCAGGAAACUAUAGGUUUGAUUGACGAUAGCCCGUCUGUAUCUAGAGGCAGGGACCAUCAGAGCCAAAUGUCUGUUAUGCGGGAAAUGGAGGACCUGGAGAAAGAGAGUGCGUUGGCCUCUGCAGACAUACAAAAUGCUUCUAGCAAUGAUAAAGAUCCUACCCACAUUGAUGCAGAUGAUAGGAGAAAGUCCUUGGUCACUCAUGGUGUAAGUGGUUUGCCGGCUAGAAGAAGGAAGCUUAAGUGCGAGCAGAUUAUUCCACAGUGUGCCAUUCCAGAGUGUAGUCAGGAAGGAUCCAACUCCUUAAAAAAAUUUGCCAGUCAAAAUGUUACAUCACCAGAACAUUUGGAAACCUUCUCUGAGAAUCCAUUUCCAACCACGUCCAGUUUGUCAGAUUCAGCAGAACAGCGGACAAAAAAUAAGGGUGCAGAUAGGAAUGCUCCUGCAGAAAUUAAUGAAUCAUUUCUUCCCCCUCCACCCAAAAUACCUCGGACGAGAUUUAGUAACAAAAUUUUGUUGAUGGAAAGCACUGAUUCUGAAGACCCCAUAUCUUCAACUCGAUGGAUGCGUAAUAGUGACAGGAGGUACGCAGAUGGUCAGAAGGGCAAAUACGUAGAUGCCCACAAAAAUUUGGACAUGACGAAGGGUAAACUGAAAAAUUUUUCGUUUAGCUUGAAGAAAAAUAAUGUCUGUCAAGAGAGGCGGAUUUCAAAAAAUUUAGUUGAGCGACACAAAAUGCCAAUUCUGAAAGGAGCUAAAAAAACUAAAGUGAUAGGUACUUUAAAGAACUUUUCAUUCUGUACUCCGAAUAACAGGCAUUGUGCAGCACAGCAGAGUGGUGAAGAAAACACCAGCAUGGAAGCAAUUGCUAGCACUCAGACAAAUUUCUCAGGAGAUUGUCAUUCAGGUGCUGAAUUUAGUUUCUCUGCUCCUGUGUCCAGAAGGUUGUCACGUACAACUACACACAAACCACUAUUGCUCUCGAAAAGUUCUCAGACUGAGGAAGGUUUUCAUGAAUUUGAAACUAAUAAAGAAGGAAAUUUCCAGUCUUCAGUUCAUAAACGAGACAUAGGAAUAAAUGCUCCAUGUGAAAUAUUGACUCCUGCUGACACUGUUUUAAUUGAACCAAAAUUAAAUCAUAAUGCUGUGAUAAAAGAAAAUUCUGAACUGAUUUCUCAGAAACCAAGUCUGACCACUGAUGCUCCAAAAAAGUCACUAGAAUUUUGUAAUAAAGUCAUGAUUGUAAAUAACAGCAUUGCAGAUGAAACUACCUCAAGAAAAUGUACAGAUAAUUUGUUGAAGUCUUGUUUGAAAAAUAACUUACACCUAGAACAAUCAGUUUGUUGCAAGCAAGCAGCAAGCAAGUCAGUAUCAUUUAGUAGAAAUUCAAAAUGUAACAUUACUGCAUACACAGUAAAAUUGCAAUCUGAUGAUAAAAGAAUUCUGUUGUCAAAAGAUGAUCAACAAGAAGCACCAUAUUUUCAAAGAGCUGAGUCUCAGUCAUCACUUCUUGAAAAUAAAAAGUUUUACAUGACUAGUUCAGAUUUUUUACACACCUUCAAAGCAUCAGAAAAGAUAUCACUAUCUCUCUUUAAUUGCGAUAGCUGUGGUACUGGGGACAUUUUAAAUAAUCCAGCUGGUAUUCCAGUAGAAAAUAACUCAAAUAGUAAUUGUGAUAAUAUUUCAAGUUUCAAUGAAAUUUACAGAAAAUAUUUAGAAAAUAAUGAUAAUUCUUCAAAACAGGGAAGAAAAUUAGAAAUGCUGGCAUCAAAUGGUGAUUCAGAUUCUGAAGCUAGAUGUAAAUGUUCAAACAUACUAUUGCAUUUACAUGAUGAUUUAAGAAACAAAGUUUGUGAUACUCAGAAAACUAAAAAUAUAGUGGAGAAGAAAACAACAAUUUAUUUCAGUCCUAUUGAAAGUGGAAUGUUGUCAAGAUUGUCUAACCAGUCAGAAAGUCCAAUUUGUGUUGUUUCUGUGCCAGUAAUUUCUUCAGAUGAUGACAGUUUCUGUGUAGAUUCUGAAGCAGGCUUUAAUGACAUGAAUAGCAAAAAGGAAGAAGAAUUCCAUUCAGUUGCCUUUUCUUUAGAAAAAUGUAAUAAAGAUACAGACACUAUCAGCGAUUCUUCUUCCUUGUGUGGUUCUUCAAGUUCACUUGCUGAUAAAUUUCAAAUGCAUAAGGAAAUAAACUUUUGUGGUUCCCUGUCAAAUGCUAAAGGAUACGAAAAUUGUUCAUCACGUCCUGGAAAUAAAAAAAUUAAUUCUCCAGAUGACUGUUCAUAUGAUGUUAGGUUUGAUAGUUCUGAAAAUUGUGUAAGCUCAAAAGAGGACAGUAUUCCUUGUGGACAGAUAUGUGUUUCACCUGCAAAGAAUUUGAAUGCUCAGAAUUUUGGAUGCGACAUUAAUGCAAAGGUCAAUGGUAGUUUAAAACUGUCUAGUUUGUAUGAAUGUAAACAAUACCAUAAAGAACCUUUUACAGAAAUAUGUUCAUUAGAUUUUUUUUGUGGUGCCAGAGAAACUGUAAAAUCACUUUGCAGCUGUACUUGUGGAACCAAAGAGGACAACAGUAACAUACAUGAUACUACCAAAAAGCUUCCUUACGGCAUUAGCAAGGAAGGUGAUUCCUAUGAGAAAGAGGUACUAAGGGAAAGAAAAAUGAGUACGAAGAAGCAGGUCCUUCAAUUGAUUUCUUCAAAUAUAAAAAUUUUGGCUCCCUCUAGUGACAGUAAAAUGGUUGUCGAAUCUUCGGAAGGUCAGUGUUCGGAAAGUCAUUGCAGUGAAUCUGGUACUGUUCAGAAAAGUGCAACUGUUGAAGGUGAAAACUGUAAUACUCAUCAAGAAAUCAGAGAUGAAACAUCAGAGAGGAGUCAGGGAAGGCAAAGCAUUACUACCUCCAAAUAUUGUAGAGAAAAGGUUUUGGUUGGCAACAGUAGCAUUGACAGCAGUGCUGAUGUGCUCACAGGACCAGAAAAUGGAAUGGAAAGUGGUGCAGAAGUUCAGAUUAGCCAGACAUGUAAUGCUCUGUACAAUGCUUGUGAUAGCUUUGACAAGGAAAAAGAUAACACAGACAUAGUUGCUGGGGAGGUUCCUAAUGCAGAUGGCGACUUUCUGGCAACUUCUGUAUCCUCGCAGAUCCUGAUUGAAGUAAUGGACAAGGCAGUACAAAGCAUGAGUGACAGUACUUCAGAUCACAGCAAAAACCAGUUAGAUUGUAACAGAUUGUAUACUGAUGGGCAGAGCGCAAGUGCAUCAGAAAAAAAUCAAUCUGUGCAAAACACAAGUAAUGAAAAGGCAGCAGAAAAGGGUAACAGACCAGAAGAUUGGUCAGAAGCCUUUGAUAGCAGUGGGAAAAAAUACUACAUGCACACUAGAAGUGGAAUCACAUCUUACGAGGCACCGGUACCAACACAGGAACAGGCUACGUUCAAGAUAACGAAGAGAUAUGAUUUCCUGCCGAAAGGAAUGUCUCCAAUUCUUCAGCUGCCGACUAGCAGAAGCUGCGAAACUGCGUGCUUGGCCUCUGAACAGCUUGAAAUGCUGGCUGAAGCAGUCUCGGAAGGUGGACGGUUGCAGAAUGAAUUGACGUCAGUCAAAUGGGGUACCUCAGAAGCGGAGAAACCAGGCGUAGGCUCUAGCUGUAUGGAUUUGGUUGACCAACUGAUGUGCAGUGCUGACCGGCGAAUGGGAUUUUGCGAGCAAGAUGUCCCGAGCACCAAACUUACAGAGAAGAAUGCAAUCAAAGUUUACAACAUUAUGUUUCCACAUUUGCUCACUAAAGAUUCUCUUGUGGCUGCAAGGGUGCUGAGGCAGGUUGACAAGAAAUUAAUUUUAGCCGUGACCACUAUGGAGAAAUCGGCGCCACCUCAUCUCCUUGUCCUGUUUGACCAACAUGCUGUCCAUGAGCGAAUAAGAGUAGAGAAACUUUUCAAAGAUUAUAGAAUGGAAGGAAGUUUAACCCAGUUCAGGUCAACGGAUGCUGAGCCAAAUAUAACUAUGGAUCUUAGUGCUCAGGAGGUGAGAAUUCUCACCAGUUUUGAAAAUGAAUUCCACCAAGCGGGCCUCUACUACAAUGUCAUGAACGAUACACAAAUUCAAGUUACGAAAAUACCCACUUGCCUGCAUGAGAGAGAGAAUCGUGAGGCUAAGCGUGGCACGUCUGUGCUGAAGAAAUUCCUGGAGUCUCUGAUCAGAGAGCAGGUGGAUGCUCUGAUACAGACUCACGGUAUCCCUUGCAGCGUGCCGCCCACUCUCCGCGACAUCAUCAACUCAGAGGCUUGCAAAGGCGCUCUGAAAUUUGGUCACGAGUUGUCAACGGCGGAGUGCCAAAUGCUCGUGAAACACCUGGCCCUGUGUGACAUGCCUUUCCACUGUGCGCACGGCCGGCCGUCUGUCGUUACCAUAGCUGAUCUCAACUUGAUCAAUCAGCAGGAGCAAUAUGAAAGACCAAGAUUGUGGAACUGAAGAAACCUAAAGCAGUAAAUAACAUUGGAUCUAAAAUUAAAACCUCAUUUCUCCAUUUUAUAUCGAAGACCUGUUUUCUUUAUUGUUACAAUCUAUUAAAACCACUUUAUGCUUUAAAACAGUCUGACAUAAGGUUUGAAUUGAUAACUGAUCAAAGGUGCUUUAAUUGUACCCUAUAUGCAUAGAUAUGUAAAUCCCUGUUAAGAAGUUUCUCAAGGUACUUUGAAAUUGAGACUUAUUAACAGGGUAAAAGUGUAUGUAUUUAUAGGCCCAGUGCUAGAGUUUUUAAAUUUACUAUGCAAGAAAUUUUCCAAUGGGGGAUUUUAUUGCGAAUGAUUUACUUAGUUGCUAUUUCUGCAGGAAUAUUGGUGCGCAGGAAAAGAAAGAAAAAGUGAUAUAUGCUUAUGUAAGUGAUAAUAUCCCUGUUUAAGUGUUAUGUGUUGAUGAUGUACCAUUCAGGGAGUGGAUAUAUUUGGGAGAGUACCUCUUGGGUUGGAUGAAGGAAAAACUUUUAUUACCAAAAAUGUAUCUUAUGUCAAAAGAGGAAUCAGUACAAGAUAAUUAUGGAGGGAGUUGUUAAUGAUACAGUAAUUAUAUUACACAAAGGUGGGUACAACACAACAAGGACUCCUUGCUUCUCAAAUUAAGUACCUACCAUGCAGGGGUGCAACAACAGGGGGGGGGGGGCAAGGGUAUAUUGCCCCCCCCCCCUUCAGAAACAUUGAAGUGGGGGCAAACGGGGGCAA